UAAAUAAACUGGAGGAUGCACAUCCACUCGGAACACCGCCAUCCAACUACCCGGGUUUAAAGCGCACAUCGCCGGGGCUUGCAGGCUGACGGCGGGCCGCAGUAGAGAGGAAGCACGGGAGGAGGAGACGGGGAAACAGCUGCACUGGAUGCUGGGGAGGAUGAUGAUGAUGCCAUCCAGGACCUGAUGUUCUCCCACACACCCCGCUGAAACACAAGGACUGUCGGGUUGCUGGUGGAGGGGAUUAUCCAGGAGGCUGGAGGAAGGAAGCAGGGAGGAGGGGAGGCAGCGACUCGCAUCAUCCGGUGUCAGGCCGACAAAUAACGCGGAAAAGUAAGAAACUGAAAGGAAAAGCCUAGAAAUAAAACCAGGAUUUAGGGUUUUAGCAGUUGCCUUUAUUUUGAACGGAUAUCGAUCUCCAGGGUGGAAAAGUCAAGAAACGCGUGCAGAUCCAACACAACCAGCCACUAUUGUUAUGCAACUGAGAUAAUUUCCAAUUCUAUUGAAAGUGUCCUGGUAUUUCUCUUCUAGAGCUGUGUGCCUGUGGUGCUUUCGAGGGCAACCGGGAUUACUGACACCGGGGUCGUUCAUUUCGGUGUGUGUGUGUGGGGGGGGAGGUGGGGGGUAGGACCGUAGUGGCCGCUCUAUAGUCUAGGUUCGGACUCCACGGACAGAGAAGAUGUCGGGGCAGACUCUGACGGACCGCAUCGCCGCGGCGCAGGCCGGCCUGACCGGAUCCGAGGUGGCCCGGGCCGUGUGUAAAGCCACCACACAUGAACAGACAGCUCCAAAGAAGAAGCACCUGGAAUACCUGAUCCAGGCCACCCAGGACACCAAUGUGAACAUCCCCUCGUUGGCCGACACGCUGCUGGAAAGGGUCGGAAACGCCAGCUGGGUGGUGGUCUACAAAGCCCUGAUCACCACACACCACCUCAUGGUGCAUGGCAAUGAGGACCCAGGCGACACAAAGUUUCCUGGGUGGAAGUACAACCGUGUCCGCAGGAGACACGAGUGA